AUGACGUUAAAUGAACAAACCAAAGUUGUUUCGCCUGAUUUUGUUGUGGAUCACCUACUGAUUGACUCUGCACCACCUCCCGGAUUCCAGGCCGACGUUCAAAGCCUCAUGACAUCGGACUCGCUUACUAACCAUUCCAGGAGCAGCGAUGGGCCCUACGGUGCUCAGUGGCCCACACCUCUUGGGAGUCAGCCGGUUCAGUCGCAUUCUGAUCGCGGUACGCCCCAUCUGCCUGAUGGCUUUGAACUGACCGAUGAUGAUGGCGCUGAUUUAACCAUUGCAGCAAAUCUGCACAACGCUUGUGUCCCCACAGAUGAUGAACUUGCGUUGGCCAACGACAGUCCUGAUUCAGCCGAGAAUACGCUAACGCACCACUUUCGCGGAAUGUCUGUCUUUGACGCCUCUAGAGCAAACCACAUUUGGGCCGUGGGUGCUGAAAGAAGAAGCGGAAACGGAACGACUGGAGCUACUGUCGCUGCUUCGAGCACAGACUUCUCACCUGGUUCGGGCGGUUUCGUCAUUCCAAAGGGUGGCGGUAGCCCUGGCACCGGUGUCAGUGGUUCCACCCCAAUUGCCGGCGCCCAGGCGCAUUCUGCUGACGGUUCGCAUGAUCUCAAUUCCAGCUCAAGUGAUGUGGGUACUCCUGGCGGGGCCGGAGUACCGCCU